AUGACACAGGAUUAUAAAACAUUUGAAGAGAUUGAAUUGAAUGUGGAUGAGAUAUUGAAAUGUUCAUAUUCAAAUUGGUCAAAAUUAUUUCCUAACAACCAUUUUCCUUCAAGAGUUAUUAAACCAUUACCACAGGAAUUUUUAGAUUACCUAUCAAGUGAAUCGAUUAAAUUGCCACAUGAUGAAAGAAAUAAAGUUACUAUAUUAGAAGAAAAUAGUGAUAAUGAAUACAGUGAUUGGGAGGAUAAUCAGGAAGAAGAUGAGGUGGAUUCAAAUAUAAGUAUUGAAUCUUUCAAACAACUACAUGAUGCGAUUAUAAAGAAUAUUGAAGAAUUAGGAGGUCAAGUGUUUCCCAAAUUAAAUUGGUCAAGUCCUAAAGAUGCAAAAUGGAUAAUGCCAGGAAAUACUAUAAGAUGUGAUCAUGUGAAUGAUGUUUAUUUAUUAUUAAAUUCUUCUGAUCAUAUAGUUGAUGAUUUGGAUCAUCCAUUUCUGGAAAUUAAUCCCGUUGAUAGUGUAAACCCGUCCAAUGUUGAAUAUGAAUUGGUGUUAACUAAAUGGCAAGAUAUCAAUCCUGCCUUAGAAUUUAGAGCAUUUAUUAAAGACAAUAAAAUAAUAGGAAUCUCACAAAGAGAUUUAAAUCAUUAUGAAUUUUUGGCAGAUUUAAAAGAUGAAUUACAUGAUAAACUUGAAGAAUUCUUGCAAGAUCACGUGAUACCUAAAUUGUCAUCACAAUUAUCAAAGUAUAUUAUUGAUUUAUAUAUUCCAAGACCAUUUGAUAAAGUUUUCAUAAUUGAUAUCAAUCCCUUUUCACGUAAAUCGGAUUCUUUAUUGUUCACAUGGAAUGAAUUACUUAUCAAUGAUGGAAUGGACUAUGAAUUUAGACUAAUUGAUAAAACAAAUGUUGGUAAUUUUGCUAAGAAAGAAUAUAGUGAAUCUCAAGUACCUAUAGAUGUGGUUGGUGCUGCUUUAGAUGCCGAAGCAAUGAUUGAAUUAGCAAGAGAAUGGGAUAAAUUACAGAAAUAG